UAGGGGCAGUGCAAUACCCUGUGCGUCUGUGAAACAGUAUUGUAUUGGUGGCAGGUGAGAAUUCCUUGUGGACUUCAGUCGGGCCCCAGGACAGGAGCUAUUGACUCUAUUAAUGAUUAAUGUAGGAUGGGCUGGGAGUCAGAUCCUGUGGGCAGGGCAGGGUUGGUAAGAAGACGAUGGUUUGGGAGCAGAAGGCGAGGAAAAGAGGAAGAAGAUGGAGGAAGGUGGUGCCCAGCUGGACUAGGAAAUCAUGGCGAGUCUCAUGGCCAAGCGGUCUAACUGCUCCCUCAAUGGCGGAAACUUCCCACUCUCCUCUGAGUUUUUUGAUGUAAUAAAAAAGGAACUAUGGAUAUUCCUUAUCCCGGUGCUUGUGGCGCUGAUCCAGUUGGCUCUGUUCCUGGAGGAGAUGGGCUUUUUCCUGAGGAACCUUCGCAGUAACCGCAGAAUAUGUCUCUACCUCUGGAUACUUGGAGUUUAUCCGGUAUUCUGCAUCUCCUCCAUUAUCGGCCUGUACAUUCCUCGCUCUUCCUCUAUUUGUAACUUUGUGGCAUCCAUAUAUCAUUCCAUAACCCUAUGGAAAUUCCUGGACCUCAUCACAGAUUUCUUUGGGGGCAAAGCCCAAAUGCUGGAGGAGCUGGAGGGGCAGAUGGUUCCUCCCAAUCCCAUGCCCUGCUGUUGCUGCUGCUGCUUCCCCAACAUCAAAGUGAACAGGUCCACUCUCAGAUGGAUGAACAUUGCCGUCUAUCAGCUGUCGGCAAUCAGGACCCUCCUGUUCUUCAUUGGUCUCAUCCUGUGGACAGAAGAGAAGUAUGACUAUGGAGACGUUGGCUACACCAACCCAAAUUCCUACAUCAAUGUCAUCAUUGGCUUGUCCACCUUCCUAUCCUUCUAUGGCUACCUCCUGUUCUACAAGGCCACCAAGAAGGCCCUCCAGGGCUACAGUCCUCGCUCCAAAUUCAUCUGCAUCACCCUGGUACUGGUCCUGUGCGGCCUGCAGAAUGGCAUCCUGGAGACCAUGGGGGCGCUAGGAGCAAUUCCGUGUGUGCCACCAUUUACAGUGGAGACUCGAUCUCAAACAAUCUUUAACUACUCCGUCACCUUGGAGAUGUUCUUCAUUAGCUUGUUUGCUCGUUACUGUUUCCGGCGGGUAGAGCCAUGCGCAGACAGAGAGGAGCGCAGCCAACUGGUAACCCGGAAUAAGUCGUCGCAGACGCCCCUGCAGGAGCUUUACGGUCAGUCUGAGGAGGAUACAGCGGCCAUUAACAGUGGUUACAUGAGUGACGGGGAGGAGACUCUGUGCCAUAUUGAACAUGCCCCAUUGGACAAGUACGAUUUCAUGCAGUCCCUGCAGCAACGGCCACGUAGUCCAGAGCAUGCCUCUGCAGGGGGGCACCCGCAGGCACAUAGGGAAGGCAAAGGAUUGGCUCUGGGGCACAUAGGCCCACCACAAGCACAGGAAAUACAGAAGGACAGACGCCUGGAUAAUGGCGGCAUGCAGGUACAGGCCCAGAUCAACUAUAUGGGCACCAAUGAGGCAACUGUUGUAUGAGCCUCUUGGACUGGCCAAUGGGGAAGAACUGGUCUGCUAUGGUAGCCACUCCUCAAAGGAUUUAGAAGCACCCCUUUACACUCCCAUUCUAUUCUCCAGAUUUGUUAGCAUACACCACCUUUUUUACACCCCCACAUGCAUUAGAACCCGCACACUUUAUGCACUCCAUUCUACUCCCAUAUUCAUUACAACCGCCCCCUUUUUACACUCCAUUCUACUCCCAGAUUCAGUAGCACCCGCCCCUUUGUGCACCCCCACUCUACUCGUUUACACGCUCCCACCCCCGACACAGUCCCAUUGUUAAAUGAUAUGAAGCCGAGACUCGAUUGGACGGAUUGUGUCCAGUAUAAAAUCGGUUUAUUUUGUACAAAUAAAAUGCUAAUAAAUAGGUAGACGAUUCUUUGGGAAGAAAUAAAAAUUCUCAUUUCACUAAAAUGUUUGCAUGUAUUACUGUAGGGCAUUAGGAAGAAACCCCCUG